UGAAAACGUAGAUUUUUCGUCUUCCGAUAAAGUUAUAAACUUAAUUAAUUAUGUGGGAACUUUCGUUUUUUUUUUAUUGAUUAAUAGCUCGUCGUGACUAGAAAUUUGGAUAAUCUGUGAAACAAAAGACCCAACUCCCUUUUUAAACAGAUAACCUAAAUAGGUUUCACGGUUUGUAAUAUCCCAGUGGAAUCCAUUUCCUCCAAGACAAAAGAUACCAAGAAAUCACAAAUUGGCGGAAGACAAAUUUCAGCAUUUAUGGGUGCCUUUUUCUGUCCUCCAUUGAAUUUCAAUUCACUUAGAGAAAGCUCAACAGUUAUUGAACCAAUUAUUAGAAUUCCAACAAAAGCUCACCGAAAAGGAAAGUGAAAUCAGAAUCAUUGCGCCGAUUAGUUCAAUCAAACACUCGGAGACAAAAACGAUCAAAGAGCAUAAACUAAUUGGGCUGUUCAUUAUUUGUUUUGUGUCGUUUAUGCAAAUGAUGGGUAGUACGGGUACAGGUGCAAAACGAAUUUUCGCACGAUAAAAAGUACCUUUCAAUGCCAGUUACGGUACGUUAUCCGAGUGCUGCCGAUUCCAUCAAAGACCAUUCAAAGAAUAAGUGAAACGCCGAAAGGAGGUGGUCGAAUGAUCACCCAGUUGGCAACUGUUGGACAAUAAGAACAAGGAUAGAUAUUUAAGGCAAGAAAUAUUCAAAAAAAAUCAUCAGUGUUCGACAAUCACUCAGCAAAGUCAAACCUUCCAAUCUCAUUUGAACAAAAUGAAACUCACUCUUCGUUAUCUCAUUGUCUUGGGUUUCGUAGCUGCUCUUCAAGCUGCCGUCAUCAGCGAAGCUGAAACUGCUGCCAAUGUCGAGGAAAACAAAAGCGACGAACAGGCCCGUGAGAAACGUGGAUUUGCGAGCGGCGGAGGUGGAUAUGGGGGUGGAGGUGGAGGAUAUGGUGGAGGGGCCGGAGGAGGAGCUGGUGGAUAUGGGGUCGGUUAUGGUGGAGCUGCAGCCAUUGCCCAGGAAGCAGCAAAUGCCGCAAAAGCUGCCCAGAAUGCCCAAGCCGGAGCUGCCUCACAGGCCGCCCAACAAGCGCAAGCGACUCUCGCCGCCCAGGCCGUCCAGGCUGCCCAACAGGCCCAGGCCGUAGUUGCAGCUAAGCAAGCCCAGGCUGCCCAGAUUUCACAGGCCGCUCAAGCCGCACAAGCCGCCGCAUUCGCCGAAUCUGCCCAGGCUGCACAGGCUGCUCAGGCCGUUCAGGCUGCCGAAGCCACCAAAGUCCAGGCUUUGCAACAGGCUCAAGCUCUAGCCGGUGCCGCCAAGGCUGCCCAGUCUCACGCUGCCCAGGCUGUCGCUUCCCUUCAGGCCGCCCAGGCACAACAGGCGUCUCAGGCACAGAUGGCGUAUCAAGCCCAAUCGAACGCCCAGGCAUUGGCUUACAAGCAACAGGCUUCACUGGCCGAUCUUGCCGCUGCCCAGCAAGCGGCCAACAAGGCCUAUUCCGCCGCCCAGGCCGCUCAAGCCACAGCUGUUGGUGGUGGCGGUUCUUAUGGUGGAUUCGGCGGUGGAUAUGGUGGUGGCCACGGAGGCUGCCCGGCUUGUUAAUGAUUGACUGGAACUGACUUAUACAAGAUCCAUUUUACAUUUUUAGCCUUUUUAAAAUUGAUUCCCAACCGUGUUGAUUGACAAUGUUGCAUUUUUCAUUUAAAUUCCAUCUAUGCAAAGAUUGUAGAUCAAUCUACAAUUUAUUUUUUUUGUUCAUGGUUUACUUGUGUGAUAAUCUACAAAUACAUUACUAAAAAUUCA